CUCGUGAUGUUCGAAUUUUUUUGUUGAACUAUCCUCCACCUUGUCUCAGCUCUGAUGAGCAUCCAUCAGCAAUUUGCAAAGGGUGUCUUGAACCUAUCCUUGCAUUUUCUUAGUAGUUUUUAGCUCUCAUAUAAGUUAUAAUAAUGUACGAGGGCUCGAGGAAGCGUCGCCGUUCGCCUCCACCACUAGGAGGUUACGGUGAUGAGUACAAAGUACUCGCCUUCAAGCAUGUCACUCUCGAUGUUCCCGUUCCGCCAGAGAAGGCUAAGCCCGAGGAACAGGUAGAGGAGAAAGCAGAAAAUGCCGAAGAGGCCAUGAAAUCCGAAGCAGUAGAGGAAAGCACCACGGCUGAAGCAACAGAGGAUGAACCUGCUGCUACUGCUACUGAGGAAAAGAUGGAUGCAGAUGAAGCACCAAGUCAGGAUGCCAAAACAGAGGAGCCUGUUACAAAUGGCGAUUCAGAGGCGAAUGCAGAAGAAUCGGCUGGCGCUGAUGCCACGGCUAGCAAUGAUGCCCCCUCAACCGACGCCACCGAGGAAGGCAAAGAAGACACCAAGUCAGACGCUAAGCCAGAGUCUAAGUCAGAAUCGAAGCCCAGAUCACAAUCACCAGAAAAAAAGCGACCUGUUAAGCCGUCCACAGCCGAUUUCUUUUUCAAUCGUCAGCACAUGCCAUCAGUAGUGUGUCGAUUAAGUCACGAGGGCAGGGACCAGGUCAAAAUCUUGGCUGUCCCAAGUGCUGCAAGCGGUGUGUUUAUCCGCUGCCUCUUAGAUGAAUCCCAGAAACUAAUGCAGCGUGCUUCCGAGUUGCAGAAGGAACUACGGUUAGAUGACAAAUUUGACUGUGAUAGCUUUCAUCUGGAGUUUGUCACCGGUCGCAGGCAGGCAUCGCGCCCAUCUCAUCACCAUGUCACACUACCCGUACACGCCUACUACUUGCUGCGCCUUUACUACUUCAAGGAGGUGCGGUCGCAGAGCUCGUUGAGCAGCGAUGUCAGAGCUCAUGUGCCCGCAGAGAACUGGGCGCGGUAUUACGAGGGCCGCCGACGCUUCUUGGACGAUCAGUCAACUCGCGCCCGCCAUUACAACCGUGAAGAUGACGACCUUGUUGCACGCUACGUCCGUAACUAUGAGCGGGCAAAGGACAGUCAGAAGCGGAGACGAGAGGAAAAGGUGGCAGCUGAGGCCAAGGCGAAAAGAGAAGCUGAAGAGGCUGAGGCCAAAGCGAAAAAGGAGGCAGCUGAGGCCGAGGCCAAGGCUGAAGCCGACGCGAAAGCAGCAGAAGAAGCUGAAAAGGCUGCUGAAUCUGGAGCCACAGAAGAAGAGACUGCUGAGAAAACAGCAGACGGUGCAGAGUCAGAAACUGCUGCAGAGGACAAGUCGCAAGAUGGAGAGACAGAGAAAGCGACUGAAACCAGCGAAGAGCCAGCUGCCGACGCAGAGGAAACCAGCACUUGUAGUGACAAGCCCGCCGCCGCUGAAUCAUCCUCCGAGGCAACUGAAGAGACAGAAGCUGCUGCAAUGGACACAUCUACAACUGCAGCAGCAGAGCCAGAGGAGAGCGUAGAGGAGGAGCUUGAAGCACUGGAGAUCCUUUAUGUAGAGGGCGAGAACUUCAAAGUCGCGAAAACUAACUAUCCACUGGGGGAAAUUGUCACAUCUGUUGUGAAUGGUUUGCAUUUGGAUGUCGCCUUUGACCCGGAAGGACAAGGAAUCCCAAGCUGUACGAUAACUGUGCGUGACUUCCCGGCCAUGCGCGACGCCACCGCAGAACAGAUUGCGGAGAUGCUGGUUGCCCUGGAGAAAUGGUGCGACCAACUGAACUUCAACUCCGUGUGCACUCUGCUCAUGUACCCGACCAACAACCAGGUACGUAUCAUUGUGGACAUUGCCAGCUUCCUGCACCGCAUUGACACCAUCUGGAUCCCGAAGUGGGCCAAGGCAUGGCGCGAAUGCAAGGACUCGCGCCUUUCGACGAGUUUGCGUGCAAUCGGUGACAGCUCCGACAUGCUGGACACCUCCGAGCCAGCUGCUAUCCGCCUCGCAGAGUGGAGCGAAUAUUGAUGUCUACAUAGUGGUGGUGGUGGAGCUGCUGACGCUAUCAAUCCAGCCUAGCCGUGAGUUGCAGCAUUAUUAUACUGCAAUUUGUAUUUGUUUUUGUGAUUGCUACGCGCAACGCAACAUGACCCUGGUGCUCGCUUAGCUCUUCUUCUCUCUCCUGUUCAAUUAUCUUUUUCCUGUGCUCGUACAUUCUGGACGUUGCAACUGUGCAGCUAUGUGUCUCGGCACUGGUGAUCGCAGUCGUCUCGUGUAUGUGCGCGCGUGUUUCUCUAGGUUUCAACAUGCGAGUCUAUUCAUGUCCGUCGUGUGUGCAUGUGCACUUGCAUGUGUGCGUAUGUAACCGUAUGUGUAUGUACAUGUGCUACGCAUGCCUGCAGUCUGUGUAUCUUGAUAUGCUGCUUUUGCCGUGACGGUAAUUAUUUGAUUUCACUAUGCUGCCCUGGCUUGUUUGUGCAUGCCGUGUUCUGUCAGUGUUUGUCAGUGUUCUCUGUCUGGGUGGCAUGUGGCCGGGCCUGUGUACUGGAUUACAUGUGCUCUUAGUGGCUGCAUUGCAAGCCUUGGUGUAUGAAUGGUCAUGUCCGGCCGUUUUUCUGUCGUGACUGUUGUCUCACUCUGCAUAGUCUGCAUUCCUUGUUCUGUUUCCAGCUAGUGGUGCUUGUGCAGAUGCAGUACAUCUGUUUUUGUUCUUUUGGUGUGUACACCGUAUGUGGCCACUGUGUGCGACGAUGCAUGCAAGCGCAUAGCAGUUGCGUGCUGCCAAGGGCCAUUCCUCUGCUUGGCGAUCACCCAUGGUCAGCCUUGGGGCCCCAGCCUGUGCCCGCCAGCGCUCCAGUAACUGUUAUGUGUGUGUGCUGCAGUCACACAGCAUAUCGUGUGCUGAAUAUGAACUGUAUAUUCUUGGUCUUGUCCGUAUGUCAAUCACAAGCACUACUCCCUUGCGUCUUGCCUUUGUGCAUUUGUCUGUCCAGCUCAGAGCUGGCAGACUAUCUCACAUCUUGAUACCAUGAUCGUGUAUUGAAUUAACAUUCAUGAUUUGUCGUCCA